AUGGCCAUAAAAAUAAUUUUAAAAGAAAUAAACGAAUGGUCUAAAGAAUUUAAUUGUUUAUUAAAUAAAGAAUUUAUUUUGGGUGGUUCUCAUUUAUUGGGAGGGAAAAUAAAUAAAUCAGACAUUGAUUCUAUUUUAAUUAUUCACGAGGAAAUUGAAGAUGAAAAUAAUAAUUUAAUUAAAUGUCCAAUAACUUCUUUGGAGUUUUUUGGGCCAGAAUUUGUUGAUUGCCAAAAUUUAGAAAAUGGAUGUGGUCAUUUAAAUAAAUCUCUUUAUUGCAGAUUUUGUGGAUAUUUUGAUGUAUUAUUUUCUGAUUAG